GCCAGUUUAUUUCCAUCCAUUCGCCAGUGCGGACCCCAAAACCCCAUAAGCUCCUCCGGCUCCAUCCAUAUUUGAUGCGAUCGCAGAGAAAGUGGUUUUAACGCGCCGAUUUUUGCCUAGUCGUCGUAAGCUCCGUGUUUAGUGGCAAAAGUGACGAAAUUUACCUGUUGAUGACCAGGUGCACGUAGGCAGGCGGAUUUUAUACCUCACCACAAGGAGUGUCUAAACUAUCUACAGAGAAAUUUUGCGAUCUUUCCCUCAAAUUGUAAUCCUAACGUAAUCUCUGUGCUCUCCUGAAACUCAUCAAUUCAACCAAUUGCAAGAUGAGUUAUGACUGCCCGUGAGGUGUUAAUCACUCAACAUUGAGUGCUCCGCACAACGGAGAUCUGCGGCAGUUCUUGUGAUAAAUACUCUUCCGCGACUACUUCAGAGGGUGUUCACAAUGGCAAACAACUUCCGCGACAGCAUCACGAUCUUCAUAGAAAAAUGCCAGAUGUGCCUCCAAUCGUCCUACGUGAUUGAUUUAUGUGAUAAAUUUGUGCACUACGCGAGAUUUUAAUGCCUACAGAUCACCCCAAAGAUCACCUAGGGACACCCCUAUAUCCUCCUCCUAGUUUCAAAAGACUCCACAGUGAGUGUAUGUUAAUUCAAAGUGAUUUGCAAGCAAGUGUAUUUAUAGAUUAGGGAUAAAAUAUGACAAUUCCUGCAAUCUCCGUGGGAGCUGCUGUAGUCAAUGUCAUCCCAAAAAUUGUCCCGGCCCUGGGGGCUGCAAAGGGAGCCGUUUCGGCAAUUGGGAGUGCCGCAUCGGCUGUUGCUGGUGCGGGGAAAACUGUGAUUGGGAUUAGUAGUGCUGCCAAAGCAUUCGGUGGAGCUCUCUCUGCUGCUGCCGGUUUAGGGACUCUCGGCAGGCUCGCAGUCCUACCCCUCUUGGUCUCUUCCCUCAUCUUCUACAACUACGAUCUGUAUGAUCCCGAAAAUCGACCCUUCAACGUUCAAGAAGUCGACAAAGAGUAUGAUUUUAUCGUGGUUGGGGGUGGAUCAGCGGGAUCCGUGAUGGCAUCACGAUUAUCGGAAGUCCCAGGAUGGAAAGUUCUUCUUCUCGAAGCUGGUGGCCAUGAGACUGAAAUCUCAGACGUUCCCAUACUCUCUCUCUACCUCCACAAAAGCAAAUUGGAUUGGAAAUACAGGACACAACCGCAGAAGAGCGCAUGUCAGGCUAUGGUUGAUCAACGAUGUUGCUGGACACGAGGGAAGGUCCUUGGUGGAUCCAGCGUGCUAAACACAAUGCUCUACAUUCGUGGCAAUAAAAGGGACUUUGAUCAAUGGGAACAGCUGGGAAAUCCCGGAUGGGGCUAUGAAGACAUCCUUCCCUACUUCAGGAAGUCAGAGGAUCAGAGGAAUCCCUACUUAGCUGUUAACAAGCGACAACAUGGAACAGGAGGCUAUUUAACCGUACAGGACUCACCCUACAACACUCCUCUUGGAAUAGCUUUCCUACAGGCUGGUGAAGAAAUGGGUUAUGACAUUGUGGACGUAAAUGGGGAGCAACAGACUGGAUUUGCCCUAUACCAAUUUACAAUGAGACGAGGAACGAGGUGUAGUACAGCAAAGGCUUUCCUGAGGCCCGUUCGCCUUCGGAAAAACCUCCAUGUAGCUCUAUAUAGUCAUGUUACGCGAGUCAUAAUAGAUCCUGAAACAAAGAGAGCUCUAGGGGUUGAAUUUCUCCGGAAUGGUCAAUCUCAUAAGGUUUAUGCAAAGAGGGAGGUAAUUCUCUCUGCUGGGGCUAUUGCAUCCCCACACUUGCUUAUGCUUUCGGGGGUAGGACCACCGGAGAAUCUGCGAAAAGUCGGCAUUCCGGUGAUUCAUCCCCUUCCAGGAGUGGGACAAAAUCUUCAGGAUCACAUUGCCGUGGGAGGAUUGGCAUUUUUAGUGGAUAAACCCAUAAGUGUCGUCAUGGGUCGUUUAGUGAAUUUAAAUUCAGCCAUUAGGUACGCCACAACGGAGGAUGGGCCACUCACGAGUAGUGUUGGAUUGGAAGCUGUAGGAUUCAUCACUACCAAGUAUGGAAAUCAGACAGACGACUGGCCAGACAUUGAAUUUAUGCUGACAAGUGCUUCAACUAAUUCUGACGGAGGAACUCAAAUUAAGAAUGCCCACGGAUUGACGGAUGAAUUCUACAACGAAGUCUUCAGUGAGAUAAACAAUCGCGACGUUUUCGGGGUUUUCCCGAUGAUGCUGCGUCCCCGAAGUAGGGGCUCCAUUGUUCUCCAUUCGAAGAAUCCCCUGAGACACCCCCUUCUCUAUCACAACUAUCUCACCCAUCGUGAUGACGUGAAUGUCCUGCGCGAGGGUGUAAAAGCCGCCCUCACCCUCGCCGAAACUGUGGCUAUGAAACAAUUUGGCGCCAGAUUCCACAGCAAGCAACUGCCGAAUUGCAAACACUUGCCCCACUUUACGGAUGAAUACUGGGAAUGUGCCAUCAGGCAGUACACAAUGACCAUCUACCACAUGUCAGGUACAGCUAAGAUGGGUCCUUCGUGGGAUCCCGAAGCUGUGGUGGAUCCCCAACUCCGUGUCUACGGCAUAAAGGGACUGCGAGUUGUGGAUGCGAGUAUAAUGCCCGUAAUUACGAGUGGAAACAUCAAUGCCCCAGUUAUAAUGAUUGGUGAAAAGGGUGCAGACAUGGUGAAAGAACUCUGGCUGCAGGACACCCAUUCAUCCUACCGUGGCCGAAGGCAUCUCAAUGAAACAGCUGAUGCUGCAACUAAUACCACUGAAAAUGAUGCCACUGCAAAUGAUGAUUAGUCAAUUGAGAUUUUCUAGAGGGAAAUAAUUUUUCCAACAACUCAUCCUUAACUUAAUUCAACUUGUAUUGUAUAAGAAAAUUUGAAAAGAAAAGCCAAGAUAGAGAAUAUUUUGUAAGUAAGAAAUGUGUAAAUAUUUUGUUGCGCCUGUAAUUAAAGUUAUGUAAAUAAAGAGUCGAAUAAGAACAGAA